AUAGUUUGCGAUUUUUCGCAUUUUUCGCCACAUUUUUAGUGUAAAAUAAAAUGAAAAACAUAAAUAAGAUGAUUUGUUGCAUAGAAAAUCAAUAAAAAGUUAACAAAUAAUGUGUAAUACGUGUAGAAAUGUACAUAGAAAAAUGUGAAUAAUGUAAUAUGAAAAACAUCUAUACAACGACCGCACCCCUCACCCCCUUUCAUAGACUUUCCUCUUUUGUUUGUCUAUCAACGCAAGAAAACGAGAAAGGCCUCAAGUAAAUGCAACAACAGGAACGAAGACAAAAACAACGUUACGGCCAAGUGAAGUCAAGUAGACGGAAAGUCAUUCAUUCUUGCGUUUCUUGAGCAUUGUGUUACCUGUCGGGUUCGGUUGGCUAGAUAUGUGAAUGUGUUUGUGUAUGUGAAAGAAUUUUCUUCAUUUAAAAGAAACCAUUCUUUUUUUACCCCGUCUUGAAUCGACAAGUGAAAAAUAGUGGAGUGGAGUGAGAGGAAUUGUGGGAAGGUGAUUGAAAUUGUAACAGGUGCCAAGGUGGGCGUGUUUGGUAUCUGAAGCAGUUGAAAGGAGUUGAUAAAACAGAGGGCAAUUGAUGCCCCAUUUCAGCAUGGAAAACGAAUCGGUUAAAUCUGAACAAAGUGGUCGCUCCAGACGCUCCCGAAGUCACAACAAUAAUGGUGGUAAUGGUGGAGGAUCUGUAAAUAAUGGCUACCAUCGUGACCGUACAAGGCAUUCACAUCGCAGCAACUCACAUUCAAAGUCCAAAAGCAACAGGAGUAGCGAUUUAAAUCCAUAUCAGACGACUGUAAAUAUGACCGGCGAGGAGGGACGUGAUGGCCAGGAAAUUAUUGAGGUACAAAUACUGCCGCAGGAUGAUAACUGGGGUGAGAAUACAACAGCUGUUACGGGAAACACAUCCGAGCAAAGCAUAUCAAUGGAGGACAUAAAUAAUGCCUGGCACCGUGAAAUGAAUGAAACAGGAUUUGGUUUCAAAUGUCGCCGGUAUUUGGAGUCAAUAUUUUCAUUUCUACUCGGUUUCGGUGCCUUUUUCUCUCCAGUGGCCAUGGUGGUGAUGCCUCAUAUGGGAUUUUUCCCUUCGGCUUUCGAUCAUCCCGAACUGACGCAGACCGUGCGAACACAAUUAUUGGCCUGUGGGAGUGAAUGCAAGGGUCUUCUGAUAUCGAUAUCGGUGCGUUUGUUAUUGCUAGCAAUUGGUUUGUGGGCACUUUUCAUGCGAAGAUCAGCGGCCACCAUGCCUCGCAUUUUCCUGUAUAGAGCUGUUGUGUUGCUCUUGGUAACGUUGAGUACAUUUGCAUAUUGGCUGUUUUAUAUUGUACAGGUAACAAAUGGAGCAAAAAUUGUUGUAGAAACUGGAGGAGAUGCGGUUGACUAUAAAUCACUGGUUGCCUAUGCCACAAACCUGGUUGACACAUUACUGUUUAUUCACUAUAUUGCGGUGGUGUUGCUGGAACUGCGUCACAAUCAACCCAUGUAUUAUGUGAAAAUAAUACGAUCUCCCGAUGGUGUGUCACGAUCCUACACUUUGGGCCAAUUGAGUAUACAGCGUGCCGCAGUUUGGGUACUCCAACGUUACUAUGUCGAUUUUCCCAUCUACAAUCCAUAUUUGGAACGUAUACCCAUCUCAAAAUCACAAAGAAAUAAAAUUACAACAAGUUUUAAAUAUUAUGAGGUGGAUGGCGUAAAUAAUUCACAGCAACAAAGUCAGAGUCGUGCUGUUUUGGCGGCAAAUGCACGACGCCGCGAUUCUUCGCACAAUGAACGCUUCUAUGAGGAGCAUGAAUAUGAAAGAAGGGUUAAAAAGCGUAGGGCACGUCUGAUAACGGCAGCCGAGGAGGCUUUUACACAUGUCAAACGUAUUCAUAACGAACCGGCACCUGCUGUACCACUGGAUCCCCAUGAAGCGGCUCAAGCCGUGUUUCCCUCAAUGGCCCGGGCAUUACAGAAAUACUUGAGAGUAACACGACAGCAGCCGCGUCAUACGUUUGAAAGUAUAUUAAAGCAUUUGGCCCAUUGUCUAAAACAUGAUCUAUCGCCAAGAGCUUUUCUCGAACCAUAUCUCACCGAAGCACCUGUUAUGCAAAGUGAAAAGGAGCGGCGUUGGGUACAAUCCUGGUCUCUGAUAUGCGAUGAACUAGUUUCACGGCCCGUUGCGGGCGAUGUAACCUUUCAAUUGAUACAAAAUGAUGUCUCUCUGAUGGUAUCCAUACACAAAUUGCCUCAUUUCAAUAUUGCCGAAGAGGUAGUCGAUCCUAAGAGCAAUAAAUUUGUAUUGAAACUCAAUUCCGAAACAUCGGUAUGACAACAGUCACAGACGCCCACCUUGACACCAACGCACAGUAAUGUUACUCAGUCAUCCUAUUUGCAUGUUUUCGUCUAGAAACACACAUACCCUGACUGAUUAUGUUGGUAAUUUAUACUAAAGUAUGUAUUUAAAUGGCAUUAUAUUUUUUUUAAAUAUAAGAACUAUGUAGAGAAAAGUUAUACGCUCAAUAUAACAAAAUCCCAGUGUAUUAAGAAGAAGAAGAAGAGAAGAAACAUUUCACAUAAUCACUUUUCAUUAAUGAAAAUAAUCUCAUUUAUUCCUUUAAAAAUCACAUAUCAAAACAUUAACAAAAAAAAUAAUCUCUAGAAAAAUACUCAUUUCUGCAAGGAAAACAAACAAAUAAGCCCCAAACUUGCUAUAUACUCUUUUUACAAUUCCCUCCAAAUAGUAUUAUUUUUUAUUUGACUACAUAAAUAAGAUGGCUGGUCCUUUUUUUUUGUAGAAUACAUCUUGCCUACUAAAUUUUAUUUGUAUACAAAUCCUAACCUAUUUUAGAUUAAACUAACAAACAAUCAAAUAAUUUGCCAAUGUUUUAAACGAGCUAUGCAUUUCUUUUAUAAUUAUAAGUAGCGUUAGAAAUAUUCCAUUUUUGUUUUAUGAAACAUCUCAAGUCCAUAGAUUUCCAAAUAAAAGAAAAAGUGGGAUUUUUUUGCACUACAAAACCAAAAAAAGGACAAAUAAAAACAUUGUAUUUGAGUUGUAAACACUCAAAACAAAA